AUGCGCGGCCUAGUCUUAUCCCUCUGGGCUUUCCACCUCUUCGCCAUCAGCAGCUGCCAUUCCGUGAUCCUCAAUGUACAAGGCAUUGCUGGCUCUCCAGCAAGCGUCGGUUUUCAGGUGGACCCUGCCGUUGCUCGUAAUUGCAUCACCAUAAACCCAUGUCAGCAAGACACCACUAUCAUCCGAGAUGCCGAAAUCAACGCCAACGUGGUGAACAAGUGCGGCCGCACUCAACUCAAGGGAAACAUUGACGUUGGAGAAAACAUUCAAAUCGCCAUUUCCAAGAAUGCAGUAACCCAGGUCAAGGCCGGGACUGAACUCGCCGUCACGAUUCACCAGGUCAAUGCGGACGGUGCCGGUCCGUAUGUCUGUGAUGUCGAUCAGACUGGUAACUCUGGCGAAAAAUUCGACCAACUCAAUAUAACGAACAAUGUGCCCGGGGGAAACGGCCUCUCGUUGGUCAAGACACAAGCGUUCAACAUGACGGUGAAAAUGCCAGAUAAGCUCAGCUGCACAGGAGGCUCUACUGGCAACAUUUGCACGGUGCGUUGCCGGAAUGCUUCUGUGGCUGGCCCCUUUGGCGGUUGCUUCGUGGUUCAGCAAGUCGAUACCAAACAGACGGUCACUACUCCUGCCAGUGUAAAAACGGGAAGUAGUUUGAAAUCCGUGCUGGACCAGGUAAAGAAGAACCAGGCAGACUUUCAAGAAGCAGUCAAGGCCAACAAAGCUGCUGGAUCCAGCGAGGCGCAGCAGAACUUGGCAGCCGUGAAUGCUCUUCUCGCGAAUGGGAAUCCGAGUGGAACUGCGAAUCCUGCUGCUAAGCCCACUGGUCAAAAUAGUCCGGCACCGGCGAACAACGCAGGUGGUAAAGGGAAUAACGCGAAUAAGGGCAACAAUGGGAGCAACGCGAAUAAGGGGAAUAACGCGGGUAAUGGGAACAACGGGAACAACGCGGGACAAGCUAGAAACCGCGUGAAGAGAGAGUAUACUGCCUGA